AUGGACUCCGACGAGUCCACCAUCAUCAUGGGCGCCGAGGUGGGCCCCGGCGGCCGCUCCAGGGAGGGCUCGCUCAUGCUGCUCAACGGGCUGGCGCGGUCGCACAGCGGCACCCUGGGGCUGGGCGGCAGCAUGGGCAGCAUGGGGCUGGCGGGCAGUCUGACGGGCCCCGCCUUCCGCCAGGCCAGCCAGAUGGCCAACCUGGUGGAGCGCGCCAAGUUCUACACCUCGCUCUGCCUGGGCACCACCGCCAUCAUCUCCGUGUUCGCCUUCCUCUUCCUCAUCCCCUUCGUCGUGGACCCCGCCAUCUCCAGCAUCCUGGCCAACUACGAGCGCGACGCCGUCACCUGCGUAGCCACGGACCACGUGUACACCGAGGGGCUGACCAACUGCUCGUGGGCCUCGUGCCGCGAGGGCUGCACCACGGCCGCGCCGCGCUGCCACCAGAUCCGGGUCAACUACUCCCACAUCCCGUACCACCAGUGGGCGCUCACGCAGGACCGCGCGGCGCUGCAGUGGGCCGUCACGGAGACGCGCUUCCUCAUCAACACGGAGGGCUGCGGCUACCCGCCGCGCGUCAACUGCUCCGAGUUCGCCAAGCAGUACGGCUACUCGCGGCUCGGCAUCCCCUUCCCCUGCUACUACUCGCGGGCCUACCCGCAGAUGGUGGUGGCGCGCUACUCGUGGGAGGACACGCUGCGUCACCUGCUGCUGUCCCUCAUCGUGCCCAACGUGCUGUUCGGGGUGUCCGUCGGCGUGCUGUGCUACUGGUACUGCCCCGGCUGCCAGAAGCCCUGCGCCACGGACACCGUCUCCUACGUCGAGAAGUUCUCCACCAAGGACGAUGACGAGGACAACGACGAGGAGUACGACGAGGAGGAGGAGUACUGA